CACUCUUUCAAUCCAUGUAGACUUAAAAUGAAUGUUACACUCAUCCAAAAGAAACAACUGGUUUACCUAUCAUAGGUGGAAACAAAUGGAUGAACACCUUUAUUAACGAAUAGCUCUUUUGCCGGUCUUGAUCAUUACAAUGUUUUUUUUUCCCCAACACAAUACAUUUGUUCAAUAAGAUCAAUAAGCCACUUCCCUAAUGUCUGAGGAUAAGAUCAAUUACCUACUUAGUUUUUAACAAUGCUCCCUAAGCCAAUUUAGCCAAUGACAUAAAGCCUGUAAAGCCUAUAAAACUCCCUACAAAGGCAAACUAUCACAGGCAAAACAUUUAUAGCCAGAGCAGAUCUCAGCUGAAAUUUCUCUUGCGUUCAUUGGACAUCCACUGGGUUAAGAUGCAGAACGGCACAGAAGGACAUAACUUCUAUAUUCCCAUGUCCAACAGGACUGGGCUUGUACGAAGUCCUUAUCUAUACCCACAGUACUACCUGGCACCUAAAUGGCAAUUCUAUUGUCUUGCCUUCUACAUGCUCAUCCUGAUCUGCCUUGGAUUCCCCAUCAACGGUCUGGCCCUGUACGUCACAGCCACAAACAAGAAGCUAAGACAACCGCUCAACUUCAUCCUGGUUAACUUGUCUGCAGCUGGAAUGGUCAUGGUCCUCUUUGGAUUCAGCUUUGCCCUCAUAUCUUCAUUUAAUGGUUACUUUAUCUUUGGCCCAGUGGGCUGUGCGAUUGAGGGCUUCAUGGCUACACUUGGAGGUCAAGUUUCCCUGUGGUCUCUGGUAGUGCUGGCUAUUGAGAGAUAUAUUGUGGUAUGUAAGCCCAUGGGCAGCUUCACCUUCACUGCCAACCAUGCUGGGGCUGGUGUUGCAUUCACCUGGAUUGCUGCUUUUGCUUGUGCUGGUCCUCCACUGUUUGGCUGGUCCAGGUACAUCCCAGAGGGUAUGCAGGUCUCAUGUGGACCUGACUACUACACACUGGCUGAAGGCUUCAACAAUGAAUCCUAUGUGAUGUACAUGUUUGGCUGCCACUUCAUCAUUCCAAUCUCUCUGAUAUUCUUCACUUAUGGGAGCCUUGUCCUCACGGUCAAGGCGGCUGCAGCUUCCCAGCAGGACUCAGCAUCUACCCAGAAAGCGGAGAAGGAAGUCACACGUAUGUGUGUUCUUAUGGUUGGUGGUUUCCUGAUCGCCUGGAUGCCCUAUGCCAUCCUUGCUGCCUACAUCUUCUUCAACAAAGGAAUUGCCUUCUCUGCCCAGGCCAUGGCUAUCCCUGCUUUCUUCACAAAGGCGUCAGCCUUCUUCAAUCCCUUCAUCUAUGUGGUGAUGAACAAACAGUUCCGUGGCUGCAUGAUGGCUGCUGUAGGGAUGAAGGCAGAUCAAGAUGAGACUUCUGUGUCAGCUAGCAAGACAGAGGUGUCUUCUGUGAGCCCUGCAUAAAGACAUUCCCUCAUCCUGCGCUCGGAUCUCUGCCCUUUUUUCAAGCUGUACUUGGAAGACAUUUGAAGACCAUUAUAUUUCUCUCAUCAUUUGAACAGUAUGUGCUGAUUAUUGUACUGACGGGACUCAGGACCCGUAACGAAUGGAUUCUGUCACUCCAAAACCAACGUAACCACUGCAUUUCUCUUAUCAGAUUCCUAAUACUGACUGACAUAAGGUUGAAGGUCAUGGAAUACUCAGGGCAAUAAAUUAAUAUGGUCACAUCUGAAGAUGAAGUCAACAGAGAACACAUUAGCAUCAGUUCAAGGGAAAAACAUACACGAGAUGAAAGGCAGACCAUCUUUUAAUGGACAUUGCAUCUCUCAGCA